GCCUCUCUACCCACCAGCACUCACCAUGUCGUCACCCAAGCCUUUCAAAAUUGACAUCCACACACACAUUCUCCCUCCGGACCUCCAUGGCCUGGCGGAGAAGUAUGGUUACGGUGGCUUUAUCGAGCUGGAGCACUCGGCCGACGGGCCGACCAAGAUGUGGAAGGACGGGGUGUUCUUCCGGGAAGUCGACGCCAACGUGUUUGACCUCGAGGCACGGAUGCGCGACAUGUGCCCACAUGCUGGCUGUACUGGUGGGGAGACGCCCGAUGGUGCUGAUGUGCAUGUCAUCUCCCAGACUCCAGUCCUCUUCAACUACUGGAUGAAGAACGAGGAGGAUGCUGAGGACUGGACCCGCUACCUCAACGAUCACAUGGCCAUGGUUGUUGCGGAGAACCCGAAGCGGUUUGUCGGUCUGGGCACCCUGCCCAUGCAGCAUCCGCAGCUGGCGGUCAAGGAGCUGCGCCGUUGCAUCACUGAGCUUGGCCUUGCAGGCGUUGAGAUCGGAACCCAUGUCAAUGACUGGGAGCUCUCCGCGCCCGAGCUGUUCCCCAUCUUUGAGGAGGCUGCCGCCCUCGGCGCCGCCAUCUUUGUCCACCCGUGGUACCAGCAGGGCGCCAACAUCAAGGAAGAUCCGGCAGCGUCGGCGCACUGGCCGUUCUGGAUGGCCUGGCUCGUCUCGAUGCCGUCCGAGACUGCCCGCGCCAUCUGCAACUUUACCAUGGGUGGCAUCCUCGACAAGCUGCCCAACCUCCGGGUGGCCUUUGCCCACGGCGGCGGCUCCUUCCCGGCCCUCAUCGGCCGGAUUGAGCAUGGCUUCAACGUCCGCCCCGACCUUUGCCAGACUCACUCGACCACCCCGCCGCGCGACUUUCUGGGCAAGUUCUGGAUCGAUUCGCUCGUCCACGACGACCGCAUGCUCAAGUACCUUGUCGACCUCUGUGGCCAGUCUAAGAUCUGCCUCGGCACAGACUACCCGUUUGUUCUAGGCGAGGCCGUCCCCGGCAAGCGUGUCCUCGAGCACGAGGAACUGUCCGACGAGGCCAAGGCCGACAUCCUUGCCAACAACGCCCUCGAGUGGCUUGGCCUCGACAAGGAGCAGUUCAUGUGAUUGCCCCCCCCCCCCCCCCCUCCUUCAAACAACCCAUCCCAUCAA